GGGGAGGGGCGGGGCCGCUCCGCAGCAUCGGGGGCUCCGCUGCAACCGCUGCUCCGGGCAGGCCUGUGAUGCUGAGGCGAUGCCGCGCACUCCGGCCUCCAGCGAGGAGGAAGAGGGGGGUCGGGGUUCAGAGUACCCCGAAGGUGAUUCCGAUUCGGGGAGCGAAGGACCCCCAAAUCCUGGACCCCCCCGUUCCAGGGGUCCCCCAAGACCCCCCCCGACCCCCGACGAUACCCACUUCAGCCGAAUGGUAUUCCGCAUCGGGAUCCCCGACUUGCACCAAACGAAGUGCCUGCGCUUCGACCCGGGGGCGGCCGUGUGGGCGGCCAAACAGCAGCUCCUCUGCGCUCUGACCGAGGGCCUCCACGACGGCCUCAACUAUGGCCUCUUCCAACCGGCGGCCGCCGGGCGCGACGCCAAAUUCCUCGACGAAGAGCGUCCGCUACGCGAUUACCCCCAGAGCUUCGACCAGGGCGUCCCCUACCUCGAGUUCCGGUAUAAGACGCGCGUCUAUAAGCAAACGAACCUGGACGAGAAGCAGCUCGCCAAGCUGCAUACCAAGACGGGGCUCCGUAAGUUCCUGGAUUACGUCCAACACGGAUCGGCCGAGAAGGUGGCGCGACUGCUCGACCGCGGCCUCGACCCCAACUACCACGACUCCGACUCGGGGGAGACCCCUCUGACGGUGGCGGCUCAGCGGGAGGGUCCGGCCGAGGUGGAGAUCAUCCGCCUCCUCUGCCUCGGCGGAGCGCACCUCGACUUCCGCGCCCGCGACGGAGCCACCGCGCUGCACCGCGCCGUCUGCACCAGGCGCUACCCGGCGCUGCUGGCCCUGCUGGACUUGGGGGGUUCCCCCAACUAUAAGGACCGCCGGGGUCUGACGCCGCUGUACCACACGGCCAUGGUGGGGGGGGACCCGCGGUGCUGCGAACUUCUGCUCUACAACCGCGCCCACAUCGGCACCGCCGACGAGAACGGAUGGCAGGAGAUCCACCAGGCGUGCCAGCACGGUCACUCACAGCAUUUGGAGCAUUUGCUCUUCUACGGCGCUGAGGCCGCGGCCCAAAACGCCUCCGGGAACACCGCCCUCCACAUCUGUGCCCUCUACAACAAGGAGAGCUGCGCCCGCAUUCUGCUCUAUCGGGGGGCGAAUAAAGAGGUGAAGAACAACAGCGGACAAACACCGUUCCAGCGUGUGCAAAGGCACCUCUGCAGCUCCAGCCCAGGCGUGUGCGAGGCGUGUGCGAAGCGUGUGCGGUACCAGCGCUGGAGGGGGGGGGGUGGGUGGGUGUGUGCGCCUUGCACACGCGUGUGCAAAGCUUUGCACACGCGUGUGUGUCCGUGUGUCCCCCCCCGCAGUGAUUAUAUCAUCAAAGAGAAGACGGUUUUGCUGCAGAAAAAGGAUAACGAGGGCUUCGGCUUCGUCCUGCGCGGGGCCAAGGCGCAGACCCCCAUCGAGGAGUUCACCCCCACUCCGGCUUUUCCGGCGCUCCAAUAUCUCGAAUCGGUGGACGAGGGCGGUGUCGCCUGGAGGGCGGGGCUGCGCAUGGGGGACUUCCUCAUCGAGGUGAACGGGCAGAACGUGGUGAAGGUGGGACACCGGCAGGUGGUCAAUAUGAUCCGCCAGGGCGGCAACAGCCUCGUCGUCAAAGUGGUGAUGGUCACCCGGCACCCAGAGGCGCCCGAAGGGCCGCGGCGGAGGGCUGCCCCCCCCCAGCCUCGGCGUCUCCCCACUCCGGCGAUUUCCCUGCGCUCCAAAUCCAUGACCUCAGAGCUGGAGGAGAUGGUUUCCCCCUGGAAGAAGCGAAGCGACUUUGACCCCUCGGCCGCCACCGAGAAGAAGCGGACGGUCUAUCAGAUGGCGCUGAAUAAGCUGGAUGAGAUCCUGGCAGCCGCUCAGCAGAGCAUCAGCGCGGGGGAGGGGCCGGGACCCCCCCUGCCCCCCCUCAGCAAAGGGCGCCCCAAAGGCUUCUUCGGCACCGAGACCCCCUUUGAGGCUCAUCGCAUGGGGGGGGGCGGCUUCGAUCGCCCCUUUUUACCCCCCGGACCCCCCCAUGGGCUGAUGCUGCGCCAGAAAUCCAUCGGUGCCCCCGAGGAAGAGAAGCCCUAUUUGGUCCCCCCCAGCGGUCGUUUCAGCCGAAGCCUCUCCGUUCCGGGCUCGGAUGAGAUCCCCCCCCCCCCCAACCACCUCCCUCCCAGUUUAGAUUUCACCUCCCAGUUCGGCGCCGCCCUGGUGGGGGCCGCGAGGCGCGAGUGGAGCGGUGGCGGCGACGCCGCGCGCCGACGUUCGACGCUUUUCCUCUCCACCGAAGAAGACGACGAAGGUCUUGGGGGGAUCCCUUCGCCCCAACAACAGCGAUUGAGGCACUCCAAAAGCAUCGAUGAAGCCAUGUUCGCCGCCGCCGCCGCCGACGUCUUCCCGACGCGCACUUACCGCGCCGCCAAAACCGCCGCCGCCGGCAGCGCCUUCAGCAGCGUCGCCGCGGCCGCCGCUGCACCCAUCGUCAUCGAUGCACCCAACGGCGUCAUCGAUGCACCCAACGGCGCCAUCGAUGCACCCAACGGCGGCGCCGAUGCACCCAACGGCGCCAUCGAUGCACCCAACGGCAUCGCCGAUGCACCCAACAGCAUCAUCGAUGCACCCAACGUCGCCGAUGCACCCAACAUCGCCAUCGAUGCACCCAACAGCGCCAUCGAUGCACCCAACGUCGCCACCGAUGCACCCAACGUCGCCGCCCAUGCACCCAACGGCGCCGCCCAUGCACCCGACGGCCAUGACCUCGCUGCACGGCGCCGCGUCGCCGCUGCGCUCCUCGUUGCACGCCGGCUGCAAGAGCUUAGCGGCGCUGCAAGCCGCCACCAUGCCGUUGCAAUCCGGCGGCGGCGGCGUGUUGGCGGCGUUGCAACCCUUGCAAGCCGGGCUCGCCGCUUUGCAGCCAGGAUUGGGCCCUUUACCGCCGCCGCCGCCUCCCUUGCAGCUCGCGGGGGGUCCUUUACAUUUAGGGGUCACCGUCCCGGCGUCGCCAUCGGGCGUCGCGUCUUUGCAGCUGAGCGGUGCGGGGGUGCAAUUAAGCGGAGGGUCGUUACCGUUGGGGGGUCCGAGCGCCGCCGCCACCGCAACGCCACCGUUGCGCAAACGCCCCCUUGUGGCAGCCCCCGGCGUAGCAGUCGCCCUACGUCGCCCAUCGAUGUGUGGGGCGGCGGCGAAGCGCGGUUGGAGUUGCGCGUUCGCUUCGCCGAAGGCGGUGGUGGUGGUGUUGGUGGUGGUGGUUCAGGGGGGCUUUUAUCGUUACCCCCUCCGGCGCCGUCGGUGGACGGCGACGAAGAGCUGCUGUUGGCGGAGCCGCUCCCGCCGCCGUUGGAGUUCGCCAACAGCUUCGACGGCGCCGAAGGCGCUCCCGUCGCCGACUCGACGGCCUCGAGCCUCACCUCCUACGACAGCGAAGUGGCCACGCUCACGCAAGGGGGGGGGGCAGAAAGCCGGCGAGGAGGGGUCCCAGGGGUCCCCGGGGUGGCGGCGGCGACGGCGGCGGCGACGGCGGCGACGGCGGCGGCGAUGACGGCGGUGGGCGAAGGCGGCGACGCCGUCACCGAUUCGGGGAUCGAGGAGGUCGACAGCCGUAGCAGCAGCGAUCACCCCCCCGAGGGAGGCGAAGGGCCCCCCCAGUACGGUCCUUUGGGAGACGGCGCGGAGAGAGCGCGCGGCCGAGCGCGAGGAGGAGGAGGAGGGGGACGAAGGAUGGAGGCCUGGGAUGGCGCCGCCAUGGCGGCCGUGUGGCCGAGGGCUGCGGCGGAGGCGCCUUUCGGACGGCACAGGCUCCCCGACUCCCCCGCGCCCCCUCUCUCCUCCACCAAACCCCCUCCCUCCUCCUCCUCCGCCGCCGCUGCCGCCGCCCUCUUUCCCAACUGGCCCCCCCCCAAACCUGGGGGGCUGAGCCCCACAGCCGCUGGCGACCUGGACGUGCGCCCCCCUCUCCGCCGCGCCCCGAGUCCUUCCACUCUGCCGAGCGAACGCCGUGGGAGCCCCGCGCCCCGUCCGGCGUCGCUUCCAUCCCUCCCCGCGACGCCUCUUUACGGCGGAUUCUUGGAGCUCCGCGGUGCUCCGACGCCUUUUGGAGAACUCCCUCCGAGUCGUUCGCUUUCGCCGACGCGUCCUCCACCUCCGCCGCCUCCGGAUAAACCGUUCGGAGCCAAACCUUUGGCUUUUUGGAGCAAAUUCGACGUGGCCGAUUGGUUGGAGUAUUUGAACUUGGGGGAACACCGCGCUCGGUUCUUGCACAACGAGAUCGAUGGGUCCCACCUGCCCUCCCUCACCAAGGAGGACUACAUCGACCUCGGCGUCACCCGCGUCGGGCACCGAAUGAACAUCGACCGCGCCCUCAAGCUCUUCUUGGAGAGGUGAUGGUGCCCGGGGGGGCUCCGGA